UGGCAGCCUAGAACGGGACACCUCGUCACACCCAGCCACGGUCCAACGAAGGACAUGCAUUUGUUACAGCACAUUCAUCGCCAGAGAUCCGCACUGACAUCUUGCUCCCUAACUCUCUUUAAGACGACCGACCCCCACCGCCACGCUCAGCCACAGCUUGCGUGCUGCAGGGCGUGCGGGCGCCGACUGCGCUGGUCCUCUGACGCUGCGACUGGGCAAAAGUAGUGUGAUAGGGCCCUAUCAGCCUGCAGAGGCGAACCCGCUGCACGGCCGGCCAGUCAUAGUACAGUGUGCCGGCGACAGACGCUGCUGCAUCCGCUUCGAGAGCGGGUAGAGCGAGCGAAGGGAGCACGGAGCCAAAAGAAAACGCUGAUCGUAGCAGCACGAGGGCGCCUCCGCGCAAGCACUUGAAUCGCCGCCAUGGCAACGAUAGGCGAUUACAUCUUCCUGGCGAUCGUGAUCGCGCUGAUUGUUGCUAUCUACCAAGGCAUCACACGCGGCUCGCCAGCGCUACAGGAGAGUAUCCGGAACCAGCAAGAGGCACUGAAGAAAUCAGGCAUCAAUCUAUCGGACCACGGCGUGUCGAUCAAGACGGACAAGCGUGCGCCUAGUCGAGAAGAGUACAUUGACUCGGCGCAGCGCGCUUUCUCAUCCGCUGGCGAGGCGAUAAACCGGCAUCGCGAGGCGAUGAGCUGGGGCGGGCCCGAGGGAGCGCAGGGAGGGCACCGCACGACCGCCCAGCAGUUCUUCGGCAAGCGGAAAGUCGGCUAGGGCGUGCAAUAUGUCUAGCAGUCAUUCGAUCGUCCAUGAGGCCUUGCGGGGCCGCUCGGUAGCAAGCAAGGGGAAUGGCCACCAGCGGCGGCAGUUGGUGCAAGCCGCUCCUCUCUUUCGCGAAAGCGUGUACCGCUACUCAGGGGGGUUGCCAGCGGCAAAUACAUACUCCCGUGCUUCGAUUUGUGCAUUGUUCUAUUACGUAUACUAUUUCGCCGCAAGGGAUGUGCUCGCUCAU